GUAAAACCCAGAAGCUUGUAAGUGUAUAAAGGCGGACUGGCUCCCGGAGCUCAGUCAUUAUAUCCUGAAUCAUCAUGAACCUGCAGCUCGGCGGUCUUCUCCUGGUGGCGGCACUGUUUACCAGCAGCUCGACUCUGACGCCUGACGAAUGCCAACCUUUGAUCACGCCUUUGUCUCUGACCAACGUCUCCACGAUGUAUGGCAGGUGGAACUACCUCGUCGCUUACAUUGAAAUGGAAGGAUUUGACUACUUCGAGAGAACCCAAAGCAUGUGGAUAAACAUCAACCAGUCACCCAACCCCAACGAACUCAUCUUUACUCAGUGUGACCGGAUAGGUGGAACCUGCAUAACUGGAACUGUGAAUGGAACCUUCGAUGCCGACACAUUCUCGAUAUUAUUCGGCAGCGUCUCCUCACAGUUCCAGCUGCUGCCGGCCUGUGAUGGCUGCAUGGUCAAGAUUUUCAACACCACGUCCAGGGACGUCCAGUUUCUUCGACGGUUGAACAUCAUCAAGUUACUUAAAGGGAUCGACUUCGACCCCAAAAUAAAAGAGAUUUCCUUCCGUCAUCUUUACAUGAUGGCCAGAGGUUCGAGCCUGCAGGACUCGGACCUGGAGCGCUUCAAGCAGCAGGCGAGCUGCCUCGGCUUCUCUGGAGAACCAGGAUACCACUACGACCCCAAGAACGAGUUCUGUGCUGAAGGCGAGGGCAUCAAGAUAAUAACCUGAAGUCAACAACAACAACCUUCCUGAAUAUUUCAAACCAAAACUGAGAAAGUAAAGAGACAAAAAAAGUGACUCAAAAACAUCCAAAGUGUGAUUUAUUUCUCUGG